ACUAAAAAUGUAUCAAGACACAGUAGCAUGCAACUUUGACCCAAACUCCAUCCCUGAAUCUGCAGCAGAGAGCGUGCUCGACCUCAACCCUCUUCCCCCACAACCACUGCCACAACAACCACCACAAGUUCUCAUGCCUUCUUCAGACACCACCCACCACCACAACACCACCACCACCGGCUUUGGUGUCGAAGCAAACACCAGACUCUCCAUGGAAGAGCUUUCUUAUCAUCCUCACCAUCACCAAUAUCAUCAUUCCUCCAUGGAAAUCGAUCUCCAAAACGAACUUGGGUUCAAUGUCGAUGACUCAUACACCACCAAUACUGACCAUAACAACAACAUCAACAAUUCCCAUUUGGUGUCUUUUGAGCACCCAACAAAUUGGGACACCACCAAUAUUCAUGGCGUUCAUGAUCAGAUGCAGCAACAAUUCCCAGAUGGUACUACUUCUGCUACUUGUACUCUAUACCCACAACCACCUGACCUUCUCAACCUUUUCAGCUUACCCAGAUGCUCCCCCUCCUCUCUUCUCCAAAGUUCAUCCAUCACCUUCACAAAUCCCCUCCCAAAAACCUCGAAUUUUCCGAGCUCUUUCGGGCUCCUUGGAGACCUCCCCACCGCGGUUGACACCCCACAGGGGACGGCUUCUUCCGUCCUCUAUGACCCGCUUCUCCACUUGAACCUCCCUCCACAGCCGCCAUUAUUCAGGGAGUUGCUUCAGUCCCUGCCGCAUGGGUACACCUUGCCUGGCUCAGGAAACGGGUCGUUGUUCAGUAGCGGCGGCGAUGACAGAGAGGGAAGCGGAGGAGGAGUUCUGUAUGACCCAGAUAGGAGUCUUGGGAGGCAGUUUGAUAGCGGAGUUUUGGAGUUCUCAAGAGAUAUGGCUUCUAAUGGGAUAGGAAGAGAUCUCAAAAGGACCAAACACUUCGCUACCGAGCGCCAAAGGAGACAGCAAUUGAAUGGCAAGUUCGAUAUCUUGAAGGAUUUGGUUCCAAACCCAACAAAGAAUGAUAGAGCAUCAAUUGUGGGAGAUGCAAUUGAAUACAUAAACGAGCUUCUGAGGACAGUGGAAGAGCUUAAAUUGCUGGUCGAGAAGAACAGGUGUGGGAGAGAAAGGAUCAAGAGGUACAAGACUGAACAUGAUGGCGCUGCCGCCGCUGGAGAUGACGAGAGCUGCAACAUUCAGCCUCUUGGUGAGCCUCAUGACCAGUCCUACAACAAUGGCUCUCUGCGGAGCUCGUGGCUGCAAAGGAAAUCCAAAGACACCGAGGUUGAUAUCCGCAUUAUCGACGAUGAAGUUACCAUUAAACUGGUGCAGAGGAAGAAGAUCAACCUGUUGCUGUUUGUGUCCAGGCUUCUGGAUGAGCUGCAGCUUGAUCUUCAUCAUGUUGCCGGUGGCCAAAUUGGCAAUUCCUACAGCUUCUUCUUCAAUACCAAGAUGUAUGAAGGGUCUUGUUUGUAUGCAAGUGCAAUAGCUGGGAAGCUCAUUGAGGUUCUGGACAGACAAUAUGCAGCGGCAGUUCUUCCACCUACCAACAGUUAGUAGGAAGGAGGCAUGAAAUGAACCUGCAUGCUUGGUUUGGAUUAAUACCAAUCAACUGUUUUAAAAGAGUAACUUUUUAUUGUGCUGGUUUUACUUUUACUAUUUGCUGAACGGUAAACUUGGUGUGACAAAAUUCUUGGAUUUAAGAGUAAAUUUUCAUGGUU